AAACCAACAGUGCAAGCCGAGGAGGAGCUCCGCUGGGGCCGGCAGGAGCUGACCGAUCGGUCCGUGGAGCCCAGUUUGUCCCGCAGCAGCCGGACUGGACUGGAGCUUCAUUCCACCUGCUGCUGCGCAGCGCAGCGCGCGCCUCGCGCUCCACGACAGGAGCGCUCAGCUCAGACCGGGGAGCCGAGAAAAGCUCAUUUCUAUGUUCUUCCAAGCUUUCAUUAAAAAAACAAAGUAACGGAACCGACGCUGUUUGGACUCCAUUAACAUAUUAAACUUUUCCCCCGCUCCUUACUGGAUUAAAGUCCAGCUAAAUUGAAUUUUCUGACCGUUUCUCAGCAUGAGUCUGAGGACUAACGGCUCCGGGACCAACCUGUUCCCUCUGGACUCCAACUCCUCCUCCAACCGAACCGAGCACCCGGCCUCCACCGCCGCCCAGCUGGACCUGAGCCGGGCGGUCCCGGUUGGCAUGGUGCUGGCCUCCUUCAUCAUGUUCGCCAUCGUGGGGAACAUCCUGGUCAUCCUGUCGGUGGUCUGUAACCGACACCUGCGGACUCCAACCAACUACUUCAUCAUCAACCUGGCCAUGGCCGACCUGCUGCUGAGCACCACGGUGCUGCCGGUAUCCGCCACCCUGGAGGUUCUGGGUUACUGGGUGUUUGGUCGAAUCUUCUGCGACAUCUGGGCUGCAGUGGAUGUCCUGUGCUGCACGGCGUCCAUCAUGUCACUGUGUGUCAUCUCCAUUGACCGAUACGUUGGCGUCCGCUAUCCGCUGCAAUACCCAAUGGUAGUCACCAAGAGGCGGGCCCUGCUGGCCAUGCUGGGAGUCUGGAUCCUGUCCUUCGUCAUCUCAAUCGGGCCGCUGCUGGGCUGGAAGCAGCCGCCGUCACAGGACGACACGGUGUGUCUGAUCACAGAGGAGCCGUUCUACGCUCUCUUCUCCUCUCUCGGUUCCUUCUACAUCCCUCUGGCCGUCAUCCUGGCCAUGUACUGCAGAGUGUACGUGGUGGCCAAACGCACCACCAAGAACCUGGAGGCCGGCAUGAUGAAGGACCAAGCCAAGGACUCCAAUGAGCUCACCCUGAGGAUUCAUUGCAGGAACCAACAGAUCCAUGAUCUGUGUCCGCCCUCCAAAGCAGGAGUGGGCGGGGCUACGGCAGGGCGUAACGCACUUACCGUCAAGCUGCUCAAGUUCUCUCGUGAGAAGAAAGCUGCCAAGACAUUGGGUGUGGUGGUGGGCAUGUUCAUCCUCUGCUGGCUGCCCUUCUUCUUGGUUUUACCAAUCA